GGUAGGAAAGACUUUUUAAUUUUAAUAUUUUACGAGCAAUUAGUGUCAAGCAACACUAAAUUGAAAACGUCAAAAAUAUAAAAAAAGCCGCAAAGGCUGUGUAUAUUUUAAUUUUACGUUUAAAAAUGUUGUUUUUCUUGUUUUAAUCACAUAUUUAGUGCAAUUUUUUGUUCUAGUCCGUUUUUUUUCAAUUUAUAAAAAGUAGCUAGUAUAAAACCAUUGAUGAUAUUCAUUUUUGUGCCAUUUAUUAUUAGUGGUUUCUUUGUUAUGAAAAGAAGUUACUUUCUUUAUGGUGAUUUUGUUUUGAAAAGUGAUAUCAGUACGCUAUGAAAAUGUGUAAUAAAUGUUUUAGAGCCUAAUUGACACAAUGUGCAUUCGAUAUCCCGCCAUUUUGUAAGAAAACUGGAAAAUCGCAAUUUGCAAUGUAGUGUAUUACGGUUUCCACACUAAGAAAGGAUGAAUUCAACAAUUUUCCAAUAAGAAUUGUGUUAGAACUACAAUACUACUAUAAAUAUGUCGACGUUACACAGUCAAAGUGAUUGGACGAAGAUAAAACAAAAAAAUUUGGACUCGAAGUAUGAAAAAUGUAGAAAUAUAACAGAAGAGAUUUACAAACGUAUAAAUCUUACAUUUCCAGUAAAGAAAUUUGAGAAUCCACCUCAGAGUGAUCUGUCAGAAAGUGCAUCAAUUGACAGCAAUGACUUGAGUAAUGAAACUGACCUUUUUGCCUGUGAUAAGUCAUCUAUAUCAAGCAGUACCGAGUUGGAUGGAUUGGAGUUGGGUAGCAUUGCCUGUGAGAAGUAUAUUAACAUAAAUAACAAUGAAGAAAGAGUAAAGCAGACCUGGCAACCAAAAAGGCCAAAGAAGAGAUUCCGUAAACGAAUAAAGAAGCAACAAAAACAAUCAAAACAGUCAGAUGGUUCUAGUGAUGAGGCUUUACCACUCAGCCGAGUUGGAGAUAUAGAUGUUAGGCGAAGUACGUCACCUGAGAGACCUAAUGACGUUAUGGGGGUGCCUAAUAUUGUUAUUAUCACCAGUGAUCUCAAAUAUAAAAUCAAAUCACCAACACCAGUCAAAGACAAGAAGAUAUUGAAACCAGAGAUAAUAGAAAGCAAAGAUUCAGACUCCUCCGAGAUAUCUAUAAAAGAUAAAAGAGUUUGCAAAAUUUGCAACUUGGUUUGUCGAGGGGAAAGAGGGCUUAGGCGUCAUCUUAAAAUGAGUCAUUUUGAAAAUCCACAUUUUACUGCAGAGCAAGGGAAUUCACAAUAAGUAAAUAUUGUUUUUUUAUAUGAAAUUUUAUAUAUUAUUUUAUUGGAUUUUAAUCUAAAAAUCGCGACACGAUGUUCGUUUUAAAUGUUUUAAAAUCACUGCUCAAUAAUAAGAAAAUAACAGUGACAUAUCUUGAUUUCAAAAAUCCAUACAAAUAAUGCAUUUGUAUUUUUCUAGUAUUUAAAAAAAUCAGUGACAUUUCAAAUAUUACAAUAGUAAAUAUUUAGAUUACUACAUUACUUGUUAAAUUUAGGUAUACUGUCAGCAAAUUUUUCCUUUCCAAAUUUAUAUUUGUUUUUUUUAUAGAAUAGAGACAGUAUGCCCUACUGUCUCUAUUUACAAGUAAUUUUUUAAUAUAUGGUAGUCACAAUUCCUUUUUUCGACAAAUAAUCUGUUAAUUUUGAGAGAGAUUUUGCUGAUAGUAUAUAAUGUACGCUAAGUUGUAAAGGUAAUAUUUAUUAGAAUACUUAUCACAUCAAUAUUCUGUUUUGAUUUUCUAUUGUUUAUGGCCAGAAUUGGUCAGAAAAUGACAAUUUACAGUCUAUCUUUAGGUUUGUAGAAGCUAAACGUCUCAAUCCACACCACACUGCGAUUAUAUGAUUAUAUUAUAUUCAUAUGACUUCCUAUGUAAAUGUUAGCGAUAAUGAUUUUAAAUCUCUUUUAUCAUGCUAUAAAGACAAAUGUAUACAAAUACUGUCAUCAAAAAAGUUUCAUAUGACGCGUUCACGCGUACAUGUGGUCAGUUUAUCUUUACUUUUUACGACUUAACGUACACGCCUAUAAAAUUAAUAGAUAUAGAUAGAUGAUUUGGCGUUUUGGUAUUCAAGGGGAAUGGGUGGUUGUUCAGGAUUAAAAUAAGUAUUACGCAGUUAAGAUUAUUACUAUUUUUUAAUUAUACAUUAUACAGUAGUAAUUUGGACUUACAUUCAAUGGAAAAGCUUGUAAUACUUAUUUUAAAACCUGGAUGACGUAAAUGAUGGCAGGGUUUACAAUCUGUGAUUGGAUGUGAUGUAAGUUAGGAUGUUAUACCAUAAAUUAAAAAUAAUGGCUCGCUAUGACAAGUGACGUUGGUUGUCGUGGAAACAUAUUUUUAAACAUGGCGGAAUCUCAUAAGCUAUCAGGAAAAAAGGAUUUUAUUUUUCUUUAUAACAAUUAUUGGUUUUGUUUUUGUACAUAAUUAACAGAAGUUUCUAGAAUAUUCUAUCUUUAUCAGAUAUGACAGGCAAGCCUUAAGCACAAACACAUUCCGUUGCCAAAGCAACGCAUUAGGGAUAUUUUAUUAUUUGAGAGGAGGUAACUCAAAAAUUGAUUGCUCCCGCGAAUUAUGUUGUUAUUAAAUGUCAAUUCAUUUAAUGACUACUAAUGUCAGUUAAUUAGUUAAAAUUGGCGAUUACCAUUAUAUUUUUAGUUUAUGGUACAAAUAAAAAUUUUGAAUCGGCCGAUUUGAGUACAAAAUUUUAGGGUAAGUGUUUUUUAAAAAUAAUUAUUCUAAUAAAUCUCUUCGUAACGUAUUGCUUAGGUUAAGAUCAAUAGUUGGGUUAGCCGUUUUGCGAAAUUAGUUUAUAUUUUUUCAACGCAAGAUAUCGCUACAAUUACAACAUUAAGUGAAUUUUAUCAGUGCGUGAUAAAACUAAGAUCUUUUGAAGUUAUAACGUAGGUGGAUAAUCCAGAUAAAAUUAAACUAAUAUUGUAAGGACACGGCACUGACAUUUUUUAGUAUGGCAAUAAUCUUUAAGAUUAUCUGUUAAUUUUUCAUUUUAUUUUAAGUUUGUUUUUUAUUAUGAGAGUUUUUAAUAAAGUCUUAUUUAAGAGAGUGGGACACAGUUAAAUGAAAGACACGUUUCUGUUGGAUUAAAAGUUUGUUUCACUAAAAUACUAUAUGUAUUAGGACCUAAGAAAAUGUUGUAUUUCAUUUAAUGUUCUACAUCUUAGGCUUAAGGUUUUUUUCAUUGAGGUGCUAAAUUGCAAUAUUCAUUGCAUUAUUAAUAUUUGUUUGGUGGUAUAAGGUUGGUGCAAAUUUAAAGUUUCUCAGUUAUACAUUUGGUGUGUCUAUAAAAUUAAAGUCAAAUUUAGAAGCUUUUGAAGCAACAAAAUCGCUUAAAAGACAUACCAUUAUGCUUUGAUAUUUAAAAUAAACACUCGCAUGUGAAUUACAGAGAAACAAGUUUUUCUCAAAUUGACAUAAGACUUCUUCGAUUAUUUGGUUGUCACCUGAAGUUAAGAUUCAAAGAAUAGGUCUACGCGCAAAAUAACUCUUCCACCUGUCAAAAUCAUAUAAAAAUUUGACAGAUGCGAUUGAGCUUCGAGUUGUCUCAGAAUGUAACCCUCUUUUUAUAAAAAAAACAUUGCGCACCGCUUUAAAAAACAAACAUAUUUUUUCAUCACAACGUAACAUAAACUGUUGACAGAAAAAGACAAAAGCGGAAUUUAGAGAAAAACUUCAAUUAGAUAAAUUUUGUUAAUGAGGGGGUUUAUCUCUGUGACGGUGGGCCAAAGAUUUUUGUCUGUUCUCCUCAUCAUUUUGGACUAUUUUUGAAGGUUCUGAUGAUGAAGACUUUCUUUAAAAUGUUAAUGGUUUAAUCCUUACAUUCUUAAUAUGUAACUUCAAAGUGUUGAAAUGUAUAACCAAUUGGUAUUUGUUUUUGUGCUGUUGUAUUUUGUCGAUAGAUUAAGACUAGUCAUAGAUUUUAUUUUUUAUUAUUAAUUUGGAUUGUUAACGAAUUGACGCUUGUAUAGUUAAUCCCGAAGUCUGCUGUUUUAAUAUGUUAUUAAUUUUAAAAAAGGUUUGCCCAUUUGCAUUACGAUAAAACUAGGAUCAUACAAAAAUAACAAUACAAUCUGAUUGUACCUUUAACAGGCAAACACAGCGUGCUUUAUACUUAAUGACUGUUGUUGAUUAACAGAAUUCUUACGUAAUAUGUGAUCUUAAAACCUAGAGAUAUAAAUUAUGAGUUAUUGCAAAAAAUUUGCAAAAUUUGCGAAACUAUGAGGAAGAGAGGUGGAAGGCACCUCUUAAUAUAUAUUUGAUAGUAUACAGCAAUUAUAUUAUCAAUUAUCUAACACAGCUUAUCAGUUGAUUGAUUUAUACUUGCUUGAAAUGAUUAGAUUCUAAAUUAUGUCGUGAUUUGAAUAAUCAAAAAUAAACAUUUUGUGUGAUUUCUGUAUGAAUUGUAUGAAUUUGUGUAAGAUGAAAAUACUUACCACGAGAAAGAGAAAGAGAGAGCCCCAGCUGACAAAUAAUUAUCAAACGGAUGUAUCACGAUGCAUAAGAUUAUUGCAAACUUACCCUACAGAGAAGUGCUAUUUCAUCUUAGUUUUAGAUAUUUUAACAUUAUGAUUGACUAAAUUAGCAGACUUGGGGCUUGCCAUAUUUUAACAUUUUUGGUACACUUAAUUCUAGCCCUUAUAUAUUCUAUAUUGAUUACGGUUUGGUGUUGCCAUCGCUAUUUUUCUUUUAUGGUUUCUUGCUAUUAUUGAUCUCUGUUGUGUCAUGUGCAAUGUAUCGCCAUAUUAUUGUUAGAAUACACCUUGGUUAGAAUAAAUGCUUUUAUUGUUGAUAA